AUGAAGAUGGAAGAAGUAGAGAGAGAAGUGAUCAAGCUUGCUACACCUUCAACUAAUGAUCGUCUUCAACUCUCCCUGCUGGAUCUCAUGAAUAGGCCAGCUAACGUUCCCGUGAUCUUCUUCUACGAAACUGAUGAUGAAGAUGUCGCGCCAGAGAUCAUCUCCGCGAAACUGAAGAGCUCACUCUGCAACGACGAAGGAGCCGUCUUCACUAAGGCACACACCGAUCUCCUUCUCCGUGACUUUCUGAAAGAUGUCAACGCUAGCUCCCUGGAGAGAUUUUACCCGACAAUGGCCCCUGGAGAUUCUCCCACGGAGUGGCCUUUGUUGAGGGUCAAGGUUACUUUCUUCGGAUCGGGAUCUGGAGUGGCGGUCUCAGUCUCUGCUUCUCAUAGCAUCUGCGACGCAAUCUCACUGCUGACCUUCAUCACGGACUGGGCCACGACCACCGCAAAAGGGAGGAUGUCCUCAAAUAAUAAUAAUAAUAAUAAUAAUAAUAAUAAUAAUAAUAAUAAUAAUAAUAAUAAUAAUAAUAAUAUUCAUUUUGCUGAGACGACCAUUUACCGUCCUCCUGAUAUCUCUUUUUUACGGUCCCUAUCUACUGCCGGUCCACCAGGGAAGUGUGUAAUGAAUAGGUUUGUCUUCGAAUCUUAUAAGACCGAAGAGCUGAAACGGAAGGUCGAAGGAGCACUGUGUGAGUCAAUAGCUAAGAUGCUCUUCUACAAAAAAAAUUAA